AGACAAAGCGCCGGGACAGAAAGAAUGUGAUGAAGCCAUUGACACCAUUAACGGUGUAAUUAAAGAAUUAGACGAAGCCUCAUUGGCCGCUAUAAACCAGAACCUUGUUACGAAACAAGAGUCUAAUUUACAAGGUUUUCAAGAACAGAUGGCUAACUGUACUGGUGAAAUCAAUGAAGGUAUCGAUAGAGUGGUACAGGCAGCCAAGGCCCAUCCUGAGCAGCUGGGACACCAGGUUUCCAGUAUGGCUAAUUAUUUCAUUCCGUUGGCAUCUGGUGCCAUUGGGGCAGCCUCAAAGACAGUCAAUUCGCAGAGACAGGCUGCCUUACUUGAAUUACCAAAGACUGUUGCAGAGUCAGCAUUGCAAUUGAUGUAUGCUGCAAAGGAGGGAGGAGGUAAUCCAAAGGUAAGAGCCAUUUACUCACACAUGUACAUGUCAUGUGAUCCCCAU